AUGGCCACUUCGGUGGGGACAAUCCCAGCUGCUCUGUUGACUCCAACACCUACUUUCCAGCUGACAGCAAAUACCACCAGCAAAGGUGAGGAGAAUUGCGUCUUCAAUGAGGAGUUUAAAUUCAUCCUGCUGCCCGUGUCCUAUGGGUUUGUCUUUGUGGUGGGGCUACUGCUCAAUUCCUGGGCCUUGUGGAUGUUCAUCUGUAAGAUGAGGCCCUGGAACGCCACCACCACCUACAUGUUUAAUCUGGCUGUCUCAGACACUCUGUACGUGCUUUCUCUCCCCACCCUGGUCUAUUACUAUGCUGACCGCAACAACUGGCCCUUUGGGGAGGGACUCUGCAAGAUUGUGCGCUUCCUCUUCUAUGCCAACCUAUACUGUAGCAUACUCUUCCUCACCUGCAUCAGCGUGCACCGCUACGUGGGGAUCUGCCACCCCAUUCAAUCGCUCGGGUGGGUGAAGACCAAGCAUGCCCGCCUCAUCUGCGUGGGUGUGUGGUUCAUUGUCACCAUCUGCCUCAUACCCAACCUGAUCUUUGUCACCACCAGCACCAGCGGCAACAACACUCUUUGCCAUGACACCACCAAGCCCGAAGAGUUUGACCACUAUGUGCACUACAGCUCCUCAAUCAUGGCCCUCCUCUUUGGCAUCCCCUUUCUGGUGAUCGUUGUGUGCUACAGUCUGAUGGCUAAGAGGCUUUGGAAACCCAGCCUAUCCAGCUCCAACCAGAGCAUCCCCGUCUACAAGAAACGCUCUAUCAAGAUUAUCAUCAUUGUAAUCACAGUCUUUGCCAUCUGCUUCCUACCCUUCCACAUCACACGGACACUGUACUAUACUGCCAGGCUCUUCCAAGCCAACUGCAGGACCCUCAACAUCGUCAACUUCACCUACAAGAUCACACGGCCUCUGGCCAGCAUCAACAGCUGCAUAGACCCCAUCCUGUACUUCCUGGCUGGGGAUAAGUACAGGGGAAGGCUGCGUCGGGCUGCGCUCAAAAUGCCCAAAUCUGAGAACCCAUCUACUCUAGCCCUUGUCUCACAACUCAAGAAGAAUGGCUUCUCCACCUCCCGAGGUGCCAGCUACUCCAUCAAUGAUGCCUGA